ACCUAUAUAAGCAGCUACUUGGUUUGCAAAUUAUUUGCGUUUUAGUAGCAAACCGAAAAAUGAAGUUGGUUGUGGUGUUUCUGGCUGUAAUUUUUGCCUACAAUAAUGUCUUGAAUGUGCAAGGGCAAGGAGGGACGAGGAAGGUCUGCCAUGGACAUACGUGUCCAAACACUACCGUUUUGUGCGUCCAGAUUUUAAACACCACCUCAGAUAAUUUACACCUCUUGACAGAAGUCGAGUGUGUGGAUUCAAAUUUGACAGUGUUGGAAAAAUUUAACAGUUCGUCUAAUAAUAAUUUCCCUGUUUUGAGCUUUGAAGGGUUUUCUAUUUCUCCGGCCCAUGUGGUCCCUACGGUGAGUAAUGGAAGCUCUACUACCAAUAACCCCGUAUAAAUAAUAUUUUCAAUUGUUUUAAUGAAUAAUUAAAUAUUGUUAAAUGGCUGCUGAUUUAUUACCUUAACGUAUUAUAUAAUUUUUGUAUGGAUUUUAUUAUUUAUAAUGUGAUGCAUACGUUGUAAAAUAAAAUUAUUUAAAUUA